GCAGGCAACUUGUGAGCGUGGGCCAGGUGUGGACACAGUUGCCACGCGUGGCCUCCCGCCCAGCUCCUCUCGGAAGGAUCCCCGGGUGCUGGCUUGGCUGUACCAGUUUAUUUCUGACUUACCAACACAGAAGGUACUGGAUUAUUCCCAGAGGAACAGAUGGCUGAUUUCCGUUUUCAGGACAAAGAUGAUUUAACAGAAAUCAUUUCAAAUCUGGAAGAAUUCAAGAGAGAUGGAUUUGGUGAGUUACCGGGUGAGAAGGAAAGUGAUAUCAUUUCCAAGAAGACUGACAAGAAGGCUUCCUUUGACUUUGGAUGGAAAUAUAAGAAAAAGAAUGUCCCAACCAACAGGAAGAAGAAAGUCACUUACAAAGACAGAGUUCGCACCUUACAUCUGCGAAGAAACAUAAACAACCUGGAUAGAAUACAUGAGGAAAAGAAAUUUUUCCUUUUGAAAACUAAGCAGGAUUUAGAUGCAUCUUUGCAGCGAAUAGAAUCGAUCCAGAAGCAGAAAGUCCAAGUGGAGACUGAAAUACAGAUGGAGAAAGAGGCCCACAACAGUGCAGCUGUGUUUCGUCUACAAGCAAUGCUCCGACGUCUGUGCGCUGAACUGGAGCAUGAGAAAGACCUGGAGGUGAAAAUUUCUUCGAUUCUAAAAGAAAAAGAGGAAAACAUGUGGCACAUGGAAAUCAACGAGGGAAAAUUCAGCGUUCUCCGGGAAAAUCUUAAAGUAGAAGAAGCAAAAUUAGCACAACUUCUCCAAGGGCAGGCGGAAGAGAGGCUUAUUCAGGCAAAGAUGGCGGCUGUCCGUAUAGACCACAAUAAAAGCCUCCUACUCCAGAAAGCAAUGGAAAGGGAAAAGAGCUCUGAACUCCACCGCCAAAAAGUGAUCUCCGAGGCCAAGAAGAAUCAUAAGAUAGCGGUCCAGUUCCUAAGAACCACCUUGGCAAAGGUUCGCAAGAAAGAAGCCAGUGAGGAAAAGAAAUCACAAGAGUAUAUGAAGAGAAGAAUGGAUGCUGUGAUAGCCCUGAAAAACAGCAUCACCACAAAUCGGGAGACCCUCCAGAAACUUAGGGCCUGGGAAAAAGCCAGGGCUCACUUGAUUGAAAAGAAAGAAGAGGCUGAGAAGGAGGUCAUAGCAGCCCAGGGAGGGGAUGCUAUCAAGCAGACUUUACACGAAAAGCGAAAUAUGGAACUCAACAUCCGGAGACAACUUUUUGAACAAGAGCAAAAAAUUCGAAAAUGUGAAAUUGUCAGUCGACUUCUGAAGGAAGAGGCCGAUGAUGAGAAAAGGAAACAAAGAGAGUUGGACCUGGAAAAUGGUAAGCGAUGGAUGAUCAAAGCCAGGAAGCUCCCAAGCCCGAAGGAGAGGAGUUGGCAGCAUGUUAUGAACGUCUAUGAAGGAAAAAGCCGGGCUCCUACCGGUGUGGUGGACAGUCACAAACAUGCUUCCAUAUCUGAACAAAAGUACUCCUCGAGCGUUGGCUCCACUGAUGAUGAAUUUCUUAAUAUUGAGGAAGAAGAAACACUAACAGAGCCAGAAAUUAGGGGGCUCUGGAGUGAAAAGUAUAAGCCCUACAAAGUGCCAAAAGAUGAGGUGGAACGCAAGCCUGUGGGUGGGACAAAGAUGGAACAGGACAUCUUGGCGAACACGUUGGAGAAGCUCCGGAGCGGGAUGGUCCACAAACAAGUAGUGUCUGGGCGUGAAUUUAAGGGCUGCCCCUUCUACAGCAAGCCUGAUCUCAUUCACUUUAAGAACUUUGAUGUUGGUAAAACAUAUAAAAAAAAGAUGACAUUAAUCAACGCAUCUUACACGAUUAACUACUGCAAGCUGGUAGGAGUGGAGGAUCAUCUCAAGGAUUUCAUUACUAUCCACUUUGAUCCUCCAGGUCCAAUGUCAGCUGGAAUUUCAUGUGAGGUCCUCAUCACCUUUAGGCCCAUGAUAAAUAAAGAACUUGAAGGCAACAUCACGUUUUUGGCUCAGACAGGUUCAUUUUCUAUCCCACUGAAAUGUACAACAAAGAAAUGUGUUCUGUCCCUGGAUAAAGAGCUCAUUGACUUUGGCACAUAUGUGGUAGGAGAAAUUGUUUCACGGACCAUCACCCUGGAAAACCAUGGAGCCUUGGGUACAAAAUUUCAGCUUCACAGAGACACCGAGAAAUGGGAUUAUGAAGCCAAAUCCCUCAACACAACAGAUGGCACUUUAUAUUCAUUGGAUGAUAAAGUUAAUGAGGAGAAAAACACCACCAAUCUCCAGGAUACCCAGAGUGAGGUCUAUUGUCCUCCCACCCCAGAUAUCAUUCCAGGCAUAAAACCUAGAGUCUCAACCACCCUCUCUGAAGAACCAUACCAAGAACACGCCAUCAUUACAGUCGAAGAGCCCACAUCCGAGGAAGUAGAAAUUAACUCUGGUGGAAGCCAAGCAGAAAUCAGACUGGGAGAGGUAACAACCAAUGAAAUUGGACCCUUCAGCUCUGUCAAAAUUCCCAUAAUCUUCACCCCAAUGAUCCCAGGAUCUUCGGAAGCCAAGUUUCAACUCACGUUUAAGAAUCCUGAUUGCCAACCUUUAUGUUUCACAGCUAUUGGGCUUGCUAUUAUCGUGCCUGUCUGGGUUCCAAAACCAAAUGUGGACCUGAACAUCUGCAUGUAUGAUCGAUUAUAUCAAGAUGCUGUCAUAAUUGAAACCAGGUCGAAAGCUGCCCUGCGUCUGAAAUUUGAAGUAUGCGAAAAAUUGCGAAAGCACAUGGAACUCCUCCCAGAAACUGGUUACAUUCAAGCCCAGUCUUCAUACAGUGUUCAACUCAAGUUCUUGCCCAGACUCUCCCUUCCAGAAGAUGCAGGAGAAUAUUUUGACAAAGAGACAAGAGUCCUGCAGGCCCCCGUGACAAUAAGAGUCGCUGAUCAGAAAAAGCCUGUGCAAUUCACUGUCCAUGCCAUCCUCACAACAUCAGAUUUGGAAAUCAAUCCCAAAGAAGUGAAUUUUGGAUACUGUACUAUCUAUGAAGCUGUUUAUACCAAAAUUACACUCAUGAAUAAAUCUCUCCUCCCUCAGGAGUUUGGAUUCAUCAAUACCCCAAAGUAUGUGGAAGUUCAGCCCAAUGACGGGUUUGGAACCAUCCUGCCCUUGCAGUCUUUGCCUCUUGAUGUCAUCUUUAAACCCAGAAAAGCCAAGGAAUAUGACUUUCAGCUGAUUUGCAUUUCCGAAAUUAACAGAGAAUUUACACUGUCGUGCAAAGCGAUUGGCGUCCACCCCCCUCUGGAGCUGUCUCACUACCGAGUCAAGUUUGCAGCCACUGCUUUAUUUGAUAUGUCAACAGUUACCCUGUAUGUGAUCAACUCCCACAUAAACAUGAAUCCUCUGACUCACUCGGUGCCCCGAAUUGGUUCUGGGGAAAUCGCUCCUGUAGGACCCACAUCUUUUGAGUUCCUUUUGCCAGACAAUGCUCCCAUCAUGAUCAUUCCCUCUGUGGGAACUGUGCUACCAGGAAAGAAAUGCAUGAUUGAAGUGAUUUUCAAACCAGUGCUGUCAGAGACUACAAUCAAAAAAGAAGUUGUGAGAAUGAGGAACAUAAAACUAGGAGUAAAACCGUCUAAAAAGGAAACAUCCUCGAAGAAAGGGUCAAGAAUGAUGCUGACUGCUUCCCUCAAGGCAGCUGUCCGGUGGCUCAAACCCCGCUCUCCUCACAAAAAGGAACGCCGCAAACAGCAGAAAAUCAUGACGGAUUCAGAAGAAUACCUGAUUGCAAAAGCCACCUUGACUAGAAAUUUCCAAGAAGAGUUUCAUAAAUAUGUGAUACCAUGUGUCAUUGCCAGUGGAGACAUUAAAGAGAAGAAAGAAACGGUGCCAAUGAACUUCAGUCCUUAUAACACACUAUACCUGGAAUUAUAUUGUCCAACGGUGGCUCCCUCUAUCGUGGUUGCUUCGGACAACGGGAAAACCGUGUUCAACUUUGGAGACAUUGCAGUCGGGCACCGGGAGAUCAAAAAGAUCACGAUAGAGAAUGUCUGCCCAGAAUACCUAGAUUUGAAGUUUUCUAUUCUGAAUCUCUAUGGCCCCUUUAUACUGCUAUCUCCUUGUUGUGGUCUUCAAUCUAAAGAAAGCAAAAACAUUGCUGUAUCAUUCUCUCCCCGAGAGAGUAACACGUUCUUAGAAACUCUGGAUAUCAUGACAAAGAGAGGGACGCUCACCCUGACCAUGGUGGGCAAAGGGGUGGCAUCCACAAUUACCUGCUCCAUUGAAGGAGAUGUCCUGAAUAUGGGAUAUGUUAUUGUUGGAGAAAGUGCCACAUCAACUUUUAAACUUCAUAACAACUCGACACUCCCAAUCAAAUAUUCCAUCUUUCUGGAUAGCCUCUCCCUGAUGAGAAAUAAGGAACAGCUGCAGAUGCCGGGUUUUGUCAAUAACUCAGAAAGAAGGACCAAUAUCAUUGGCACCCAGAACUACAAUGGCCAGAGUGUGUUCAGCGUCUCCCCAGUAGAUGGAGUUAUUGAACCAGGGAAGACGCAGGACUUCACCUUGACCUUCAGUCCGGACCAUGAGAGCCUGUACUUUUCUGACAGGAUGCAAGUGGUGCUGUUUAAUAAGAGGGUGUCCCAUCAGAUCCUCUUGAAAGGGGCUGCAAGGGAGCACAUGAUGUUUGUGGAAGGAGGCGACCCUCUGGACGUGACUGUGGAGUCCCUGGCUGUAAUCUCUUCUGUGAGAGAGGAGGAGCGAAGAGAAGAUGCAGAAGAGAUGAAGGCAAUUAUCCUGACCCUAGAGUAUAUCCAGAUGGACUCUGCAUCCACCCCCGCCACCCGAGAACUACAAAUAGGAUGUAUCCGAACCUCCCAGCCCACUCUGAAAAAGAGCAUCGACUUCAGCCUGGACAACAUUCACUUCCUUCAGCACAAAGGCUUCACGGUAGAGCCCUCCAAAGGGACUGUGGACCGAGGCCAGACCAAGACCAUCAGCGUGUCCUGGGUGCCCACGGCUGAUUUUGACCCGGAUCAGCCCCUGGUGGUCACCACCUUCCUGAUACUCCGGGGAGAUGUGAAGGAGAUCUACAGACUCGUCUUCAUCGCCCACGUGGUAUCAGGGUGGAUUCUGGGCGAUUCACUCAGAUAGGAAUGGAGGUGCAGAUGCCCUGAUAAUUCCCCCCCUGCUAAGGUCAUUGGCAUCCAACGGGGGAUGAGGACCCUCCAAGCACCCAGAGGAACACUGGACCUAAAUAGUCACCACUGAAGUUCCUCCUACAAUUAGUUCUUGUGACGAAUGUAGCCUUCCAUGCCAACAAAAGAACAUCGUCCCUAGAUCAGGAGCUGUGGGCCAGAAAAAGCAACUCAGUCUUUCCCCGCCAUUACUCUCCCUCAGGGGCCUUUGCUAUGGAGAUCAGCGCCUCCGUUAAAAAAAUAAAAUGACCACAAAUCCUC